AAUUUGUAACCGCUGAAGCGAUCCAAUUUGUUGUACGUGUCAUAUUAUUUUUCCAACAAUAUGGAGGUAACUGCAGUUUAUACUGAGUCACCUCCGAAUAGCCGAUGGAUUUCGAUGAGGCGCUUUCGAUUUCAUGUCAGAAUUACAUUUGGAGGGCUUGACAUACCCCGUCGAGCACAAUUAGAAAAAUUAUUUCUAUAUAAUUUUGGAUAAUUUUUUAAUAAUUAAAAUGUAUUCCUUGGCAUGAAGAAUGGUAAAGAAAUUGGUACAUAUGGCAAUGGCAUGUUCUCGUUACUUUCUGCUUGUUCUUCUUCGAGUUAAACGGGCGAGUGGUUCCUCGUGCCUGUCGUUCGUUCGUGACGGAACGAUACCGAAAACGAUAUCGCUGCAGCGGAAAAUUGCUAAAAAUUGCUAGAAAAUCGCAACGGUAAAUCAUAAAACUAUUGAAAAAGUACAAUAAAAGUGUAAGAGUGUUAUUUGAUCAUAAUUUAUGUGCGAAAACUUUUAAUAAGUAGUUCUAAGUGGAACAAUCUGGUCUAAUACGAAUUAUAAAAAGGGUUAAAUCAUAACAGAACAAAGUGAAAUUGAAAUAAAUUGUAUUCACGGUUAUACGUAUAGUGUAGUGAAAAAUUGAAGAAAACGGUAGAAGAUGAAUAAUGAUGAUAAAAGUAACGACUUAAGUGUGUGUUCUGCUGCUACAAAAACAACAAAGGCACAAACGUCAGUGUCUAAGAAAAAUAAUACAACAGCAACCGCAUCGACAUCGGCAGUUACAGUGGCUUCAGCAAUUAAAGCACAAAAGUCGACGACAACCAAAUUGAAGCAGUCAGCGAACCUGCAAUCAAUAAAAAAAGCAGCUAACAAUAACAACAACGGCAACAAAAGCAAUAACAAUAACAACCUAAAAUUAGCAGCCAUAGCAGCAGCUGUAACAUCUGGUACUAAUACAUCCAACAACAUUUCUUCAAACACUAGUAAUUGCAACUUAAAAAAAUUAUCGAGGAAUGCAACAAAACAAGGUGUUGGAAACAAUAAAGUCUUGAUCCCCAACACUAUCAAUACUGACAUUGGUAGCGAAAAUAUAACUGCAGUUGUCACCGAAGCAGGCAGCAAAGCGGCUACCAACAAUAAUAACAGUAAAAUCAAUAAAAACAAAUUAAUUGUAAACAAUAACAACAAUAAUCAUAUUUCUGCUUCCGCAGUUCCCGCAGCCGUUGCCGUUAAUGGUAAUAAAAGUAAUAUCAAUACCCUUACAAGCACCAGCAGUAAAAUGUCUAAAAUCGCAGCCGCCAAAGUUGCAGCCUCCAGUGCCAAUACCAAUAUAAGCGCCAUAGCGGCCGAUUGUGUCAGUGGCUCAACGACUGUUCCAACAUCAACUAACACAAGUACGGGAAUUGGUACUGAAUGCGGUUUAGGAUCUUGUAAUAAUAACACCACCAUCACCUCCACAGCGUCAACUAUUCCUGCAAUUGUUUCGAAUUCACCUGCCAAUACAACUUCAACAACGUCAUUUAAUCCAGCCGGCGGUAAUGGCAACGGUAAGGCAUUUGGAACAACAAAUAAAAAAUCCCCAAACAAUGCAUCAAACGCCGCUGUAGCCACAACUGCAUCGGCGAAAUCAAAAAUUUACCAAAUAAAAACAAACCCACUUUCAUUACUAGUGAACUCAUCGCAAAACGUCGCAGCUUCCACAAAAAGUAAUAGUACCAAUAAUGGCGCAAGCGGAAAUACCAGCAAUAACAAUACCGGCGCAUCUUCACGUGUUGGAGCAGUAGCUGCUAUUAAGCAAAAACUGAAAGCUUCAGCGGCCGAUGCUGCGGCAGCAGUUGGUAUACCCAUCGUCGUAGCUGGCAAUUCUCGUUCCGCCUCAUCGUCAACAUCGUCCAAUUUGUCGUUAGCCUCAUCUGGCACACGUCAGAAGCGACCUAGCGAAAACUCGGAUACGGAUACAGAACUAUCUCGUCAACCGCCAGAUCUGUCUGAAUCAGAUGAAGAAUCAGUUUCAGAAUCGAUCCUUUUGGCAUGCUUGUGUCUAAGGCCAGAUCUUCUGGAUGACAUCCCCGAAUCGGAUGCCGAUAGUUGCGGGCAUGAAGAGGAUAAUGAAUCUGAGGAGGAUAACGAGGAUGAGGAAGACGAUGAGGAAGAGAUCGACGACGAAGAUGAGGAAGACGAGGAUCCGCCAAAUGAAGUGAGUGGAAAUUUCUCAGUUGGUUCUGAGGAGGAAGAGGAGGAUGAAGACGAAGAACUUCAGGAUCCAAAUGAAGUUGGCGGAAACUUUUUACUAGAACAGACUAACGAGCGUUGCGGCGGUAUGUUUGAAGAUGAGAAGCCGCCAGUGUUACGCCACGCCACCCACGCAAUUGAUGAGACUAAACAGGCUCUGACAAAAAUGCGAGGCGCCACUACGCCGCGAGACAAAACAAUUUUCUCUCAAACCCUAAUUGCUGCCUGUACUGAUAAUGACGUGCCCACGGUACGCCGUUUGCUAAGCAAAAGCAAUGUGAACCUCAGCGAAUCCACUGAUGAUGGCGAAUCCUUGUUGUCUAUGGCUUGCUCAGCUGGUUACUAUGAACUAGCGCAAGUCCUGCUUGCCAUGCAGGCAGCGCAAGUGGAAGACAAGGGCCAGAAGGAUUGUACACCCUUAAUGGAGGCUGCCUCUGCUGGCCAUUUGGACAUCGUCAAACUACUGCUGAGUCACAAUGCCGAUGUAAAUGCCCAUUGUGCCACUGGCAAUACACCUUUGAUGUUCGCUUGUGCCGGCGGUCAUGUAGAGGUGGUAAAGGAGUUACUAAAGCAUGGCGCCAACGUGGAAGAACAGAACGAAAACGGACAUACACCACUAAUGGAAGCUGCAUCAGCUGGUCACGUUGAAGUGGCGAAGGUUCUUUUGGAACAUGGUGCUGGUAUUAAUACGCACUCAAAUGAAUUCAAGGAGAGCGCAUUAACGCUGGCUUGUUACAAGGGUCACCUUAGCAUGGUGCGUUUCCUACUACAAGCAGGCGCAGAUCAGGAGCACAAGACCGACGAAAUGCACACCGCUCUAAUGGAAGCAUCUAUGGAUGGUCAUGUCGAAGUGGCGCGCCUGUUAUUGGAUUCGGGUGCACAAGUGAAUAUGCCGACCGAUUCGUUUGAGUCGCCACUUACUUUAGCUGCAUGCGGUGGUCACGUCGAAUUGGCGACUUUACUGAUUGAACGUGGCGCAAAUAUUGAAGAGGUCAACGAUGAAGGCUAUACACCACUUAUGGAGGCUGCACGUGAAGGACACGAAGAGAUGGUCGCACUACUAUUGAGUAAAGGUGCAGACAUCAACGCAACCACCGAAGAGACGCAAGAAACUGCUUUAACACUCGCUUGUUGUGGCGGUUUCAGUGAGGUUGCCGAAUUUUUGAUAAAAGAAGGCGCCAACUUGGAACUCGGAGCUUCCACACCGCUUAUGGAGGCUGCGCAAGAAGGUCAUACAGAUUUGGUGCGCUUUUUACUGCAGAAUAAGGCUAAUGUGCACGCCGUAACCCAGACAGGUGACACGGCUCUAACACACGCAUGUGAAAAUGGACAUACGGAUGCAGCAGAGGUGUUACUCAGUUAUGGCGCUGAGUUGGAGCACGAAUCCGAGGGAGGUCGCACACCUCUAAUGAAAGCAUGUCGCGCCGGCCACCUUUGCACGGUGAAGUUUCUCAUACAAAAAGGUGCUGAUGUUAAUAAGCCGAGCAGCAGCAACGAUCACACACCACUUUCCUUGGCUUGUGCUGGCGGUCAUCAGGCCGUCGUCGAAUUACUGCUAAAGAGUGGCGCCGAUCCGUUCCAUAAGCUGAAAGACAAUAGUACAAUGUUGAUUGAGGCUGCCAAGGGUGGCCAUACCCGUGUUGUUGAAUUGCUUUUCAAAUACCCAUUAUUCGUACAAAACCAUCAGAACGAGCUGCAAUCGGCAGCGGCCGCUGCAGCUGCCGCCGCUAAUGCCGCCGCAGCGGCUACUCCAUCCACUGCGACCGGUGCCGGUGCAGUUGCUAUCAACAACACCGCGAAUAAUGGCCAAUUGCGGUUCAUAAGUCCGCAGCAACAGAAGCAAUUCAAACAGCAGUUGCAACAAUUGAGCGCUCCACCCGGCUUGCAAGUGUCAGAAGCGAUGCGUGUUUCGAACCAACAGCAGCAAUUUCAUCAGCAACAGUUCAGCACCAAUACUAUGACUACAACCAACGGCACGAAUAGUACUAACAACAACAUCAACACCACUAAUAACAAUAACAACAAUACCACAGCUGUCGCCUAUAGUGAGGAGCAUUUGCCAUUGACCACCUCAUCGGCAGAUACAAGCAGUGAAGAAUUCGCUGCCAUUGAUAUCAACUCGCUAAGCGCACAGCAGCAGGAGGCAUUGAUUGCCAAGUCUCGACUUUUUCACUUACAAACUGGCUUCGAGCAGGGACUUACAUUGGGCCGUGAUCAGCAGCUGUCGCAGCCGCAACAGCAGCAGCAGCAGCAGCAGCAACAACAACAACAACAGCCACCAUUGCCUGCUCACAGCAAUAUGAAUGCACAGCGCAAGCAAUUCGACUUAGAUAUGACGCAUAUAAAUGCGCUUACACCACCACAGAAGGCGCCUCCAGCGCCUCCAGUGGGCGGUGCUAGUGCUCAACAACCCCUACAGCAGCAACAACAACAACAACAACAAUUUCAAUUACAACCACAAUUGCAGCAGCAUUCAGGACAGCCCACGAUGAAGUCGAAAAGUGGCAAUUCAUCGCGUAAAAAUCGCCAACCUCCGGCGCCUUUCGAACUCAACUUACCAACGACUAGUUUGGCUAAUAUCACACUUGAACAACAGCAGCUAGAGCAUUUGCAACAGCAACAACUACAACAACAAGAGCAACAACCGGAUGAAGUGCGUUCACAACCGUUGGGUGACGACGGUAGUGGGGCCUCAGUUGUUGCCGUUUCCGGUGACGGUAAUGAUGGACAACAACAAAAUCGUUGUUUUAGGCGUCGCUGCUUUUACAAACAAGAGUUAUCUAAGCUUGCAUACAAAGCUGGAUUUAUGGAUGGUUACAUGAAUUUAGCCGGAGUCGAAGGUGUUGAGGCAAUGGCUGGUAAUGCUGUCUCCGGCAUUACAUUGGGCGACAAUGAGAUGACUUCAAUUUUCCUAACUGGCAAUGCAGCCGGAGGUAAUCAAUCCCAACAAAUGCUGAAUAUGCCCUCGGAUAACAUGAUGAUUGAAUUGCUAGACGCCAGCGCUGUGGCCGAUGCAGCGGCCGAAUUGCGUCAACACCAGCACCAACAUCAUCAGCUUCAACAGCAACAAGAUCCAAAUAAAACUAUGCUAAACACUCAACAAUACAACAAUAGUGGCGUAGCAGCUGCUGCUUUAGAGGCGAUGUCGGCUGUGAACAGUCUUCAAAAUAAUCGCAGCUUCAACAACAAGGGCAACAACAAUUUGAAUCAGAAAAGUACACAAAUAACAACACCAUCAGAAGUUUCGCAGAGCACAGCCAUUAGUGAUCGACCAAAGGCCAAGCCGGUAUCGAAGAAGGAUAAUAAGUUCCGUAAAGCCGUAUUUCCACAAUCUCCAGUACUCCAACAAAAUCAGAUGGUAUCUAUAUACAAUAAAUUGCCCUUACUGCUCACCAAUGAAAUUAAACCGAGCUUGCAAACGAAGCAGGUUAUUAUGACUCAAAUGGCAUUUGCUGCACAGCAACAACAACAGCAGCAAAUUUUGGGCGGUUUAGACUUGAGUGGAGGCGGGGACAAUGCAAUUGCUUUAAACAACUCUCCAGCAUCGCCCCUAGCAUCCCCUUCCAAUGCAGCAGGAGCAUCAUACUUGCAGGAACAACAGCAUAUACCAAUAAUCGGCGAGGAUGAUCAUCACCAACACCAACAGCAGCAGCAGCAGCAGCAGCAGCAGCAGCAGCAGCAGCAGCAGCAGCAGCAAGAAGUAACAUCCACUAUAUUACAGGCUUUCCAAGCUAUGCAAUCACGUAAUGUAGGCGAUGAAGCCGCGGCAGCCGCUUUGGCAACUGUCUGUGGUAUGAGCGCAGCCGAACAGCAAGAGUAUUUAAAAGAGCGCUAUCAGUUAUACGACAUGCCGCGCUUUUUCGAUGAUCAACCCAAGUCACCAACCGAAACUCCACCACCACCACUGCCAGAUAAACAACAGCAACAACAACAGGAAAUCUUCAGUGAAGAAGGUAUUGCUGUAUUAGAGGAGCAAGUGGAGUUGGAUGUUGAGCCGGACACGGAGAGCGUUGCUGAAAUGAAAAAUCUUGCAACAUUGGUAACCGCUGCAGCAGCUGCGGCACCGAAUAUGCUACUCGAACAUGUAUCAAUGUCGCCUAUGGAAUCCAAUGGAGAUGUGAGUACAUUACAGUUGGAUGAAUAUGUCGAAGGUGAAGAGGAUGAAGAUGCAAUCGUGGAGGCAGAUCAAUCGGGAGUAAUGCAUGACGUGCUACAGAGUCAUGACUACGAUGAAGGCGGAGAGGCUGAUGUUGAUGAGGAUGGUGAGGGUGAUGGUGAUGGUGAUGGUGAUGGUGAUGUUGAUGGAGAUGUUGAUGGAGAGGUUGAUGGGGAAGGUGAUGACAUUGAAGAAGUACUCGAAGAUGAUGAAGAAGAUGGGGAUGAUGAAGAGUUAGAGGGCGAAGUGGAAGGAAAUUGUGAGGAGGAAAUGGGCAGAGCUAUGGCGUUGCACGAAGAUGAUGAGGGACUUGAAAUGCGUAAGCAUGCUAUCGGCGGUGAAGAAGAAGAGGACGAAGAAGAGGAUGAUGAUGAUGAGGAUGAUGAUGACGACGAAGACGACGACGAUAUGGCAUUAAGUAAUGCGAAACGAGCGAAGAGUGCACAUCGGCGACCACAGGUGCUUGAGGAUAUAAUACUUUCGAAUAUAGAUUUUCGUCAAGACUUUCCAACUGAUUUGGUGCAUGUUUUUCCGCCAAUGGCAAAUUUCAAAACAGCUACGGGCAGUGCGGCAUUCAGCACUCUGCAGCAAUGCACUGCAGCAGCUGCUGCAGCAGCAGCAGAUGUUGCUAAUGCCGCAGCUGCGGCCGCAGAUAUUGCCAAUGCAGUAAAAGUGGUCGGUGGACACGAUGUAGAUGGCUCCACAGCAGCUGGUGUUAUGGCCGCGGCUGGCAUGUACCCAACACUGGAAUCGUUUGACCAGUUCUCCAACGAUAUUCCCGGCGAUAUGGACGAUAUUUUACAAAUCUUUCAAAAUGACCCUUCGCUACAGGAGCUGCAUAAUUGUGCCGAGCUGGGCGACCUGAAUUCAAUAUGCAAGAACCGAUUUAGCAGCAACUGGGUGCCGACGCCGAAGUGGACCGGCCAGGAUCACUUGAUGGCAACGCAUCCACCAGCGCUGCUCUCUGCCGAAGACCAACAGCAGCAGCAACAGCGUCAGGCAACAAAUCAAAUGCUUCUCGAUUACCAGCACGAGCUGCAAAUGGGGGAUCAAAUGCAGCAUCAACAUCACCAGACGUUUUCGUUUUUGCCGCUACAAACUGACGAUGCAGCAGCAGCAGCCGCCGCCCAGCAUCAGCAAAUGCAACAGCCACUGCCACAUCAAGGUGAUUUCCUACUUCAGCAACAACAUCAACAACUGCAGCAGCAACAUCAACAAUUGCAGCAACAACUGCAGCAACAACACCAGCAACACUUAAUUCUCCAAGAAGAUGAGGAGGAAUUGAAGCAGCGCCAGUUGCACAUGAUCCAACAAUUGCAGCAGGACCGACAAUCAAGUGAGCGUUUGCGCAAAGCGUUGGCUGCCUGUGCGGCAAAUCAACUGCAGCAACAACCACAGCAGCAAAAGCAACAACAACAGCAGCAGCAGCAACAACAACAACAGCAGCAGCAACAACAAGCGGCCGCUGCUGCCGCAGCUAAUUACGUGUUCAAUGUGGAGAGCGCUGACAAAUCGGCACAAUCACUGCAGUUGCUUUUCCAGCUGCCGCAACAACAGCAGCAAGAACAGCAAGACGUACACGAUGCUGCGCAGCAGUUACAGCAUUUGCAGUUGCAAGAGCUGCCAGAGAAUCAAAAGCAGCAAUUAAUGCAUGAAUUCUCACAGCAAGCGGAAAGUCUAAUGCAGCAACAACAGCAUCAGCAACCGGCGGCAACACUCGAUCAGAUGGCGCAGAGUAACCUCUUGCUGCAUCAACAUGCAUUGCACCAGCAGCUGCUCAAGGAGAAGCAACAUCACCUGCAGCAACAUCAGUUACUAAUGCAACAACAACAAUUGCAACAGCAGCAUCAACAACAACAACAACAGCAGCAGCAGCAGCAACAGCAGGUGCAAGUUGCCACACAAACGCAACCACCCGUUGUUGCCCCCUACAGCAGUGCGGCAUCAGUUGCUGCGCGUGGCUGCACACAAUUCCAUGCGACUAUCUCACCACUAACGACUGAUGUUGGGCUGGGCGUUUGCACGCUGUCAACACAACAGCAACAAAUGGCUGCAGCUGCCGCAGCAGCAGCACAACAACUGCCCGCACCACCUAUGAUUACAUCAUCGAAGAUAUCUGGCGGUAUUGCCAAGAAAGCCAUCGAUAAGCAGUCUCGAAAGGAGCGGAAUCGUUAUGCAGCCUUGCGUCAAACUCCAGCCGGCAGCCAAGCUAACACCACGAAUCAACAACAGUACCAGCAAACCGUUGCCACCACUACACUCGACAAGACCAUUGAUGUCGACUCUGAGACAGACUCCAAUCACGACACCGCACUUACUUUGGCCUGUGCCGGUGGUCAUGAAGAACUCGUUCAACUACUACUGAAUCGUAAUGCAAAUAUUGAGCAUCGCGACAAGAAGGGAUUUACACCGCUAAUACUAGCGGCCACAGCUGGUCAUGAGAAAGUCGUCGAGAUAUUGUUGAAGCAUGGUGCCGAAUUGGAAGCCCAAUCGGAACGUACCAAGGAUACACCACUGUCACUGGCCUGUUCGGGCGGUCGCUACGAAGUGGUCGAGCUCUUGCUGAAGCAUAACGCGAACAAGGAACAUCGCAAUGUUUCCGACUACACACCGCUGAGUCUGGCCGCCAGCGGUGGCUAUGUGAACAUUAUAAAAUUGCUUUUGAAUCAUGGCGCCGAAAUUAAUUCGCGUACCGGUAGUAAAUUGGGUAUAUCUCCCUUAAUGUUGGCCGCCAUGAAUGGUCAUACAGCCGCCGUAAAGUUGCUCUUGGACCAGGGCUCUGAUAUAAAUGCGCAGAUCGAAACCAACCGUAAUACCGCAUUGACGCUUGCAUGCUUCCAAGGUCGUCACGAAGUGGUGAGCUUACUUUUGGAUCGUAAAGCUAACGUUGAGCAUCGUGCCAAAACCGGACUCACACCACUUAUGGAAGCCGCCUCGGGUGGUUACAUCGACGUGGGACGUGUACUGUUGGAUAAAGGCGCCGAUGUGAAUGCAGCACCUGUACCAACGUCACGUGAUACCGCUCUUACUAUCGCAGCUGAUAAGGGUCACUUGAAGUUCGUCGAGCUGCUAUUGUCCCGUGGUGCCGCCGUCGAGGUGAAAAAUAAAAAAGGAAAUUCACCACUUUGGUUGGCAGCACAUGGAGGUCACCUGAGCGUUGUGGAGAUAUUAUAUAACCAUCAUGCAGACAUUGAUUCGCAAGACAACCGUCGUGUAUCGUGUCUAAUGGCGGCCUAUCGCAAAGGUCACACCAAGGUGGUUAAAUGGAUGGUACAGUAUGUGGCGCAGUACCCCUCCGACCAGGAGAUGAGCCGCUUCAUUAGUACUGUCAGUGAUAAAGAACUGUCUGAGAAAUGUUUUGACUGUAUGAAGUAUAUACGUCAGGCCAAGGAGGCACAGGCCGUCAGAGCCAAUCAAAAUGCUUCUAUACUACUUAAAGAAUUGGAUAAUGAGCGUACGCGCGAAGAGAGUCGCAAGGCUGCAGCAGCGCGUCGUCGCGAGCGCAAGAAGAAGAAGAAGUUAGAGAAGAAGGAAGAAAAACGACGGCAAAUGGAAGGCGCAACUGGUGGCAGCGUGCUGUCCGGUUCAAAUGAUGCCGACGAUAAGGACUCGGAUCAAGAUGAUGACAGUGAUCGUGAUGAUAACGCGCUCGAAGAUGAGGAGUAUAAUCAAAAUGCGCAGGAGGGUGACUCGGGCAUAGAUCAAGGCUCAUGCUCCAGUGCUGAAAUAAAAUCCGUUGCUGUUGGCAACAAUGCCCAAGCCGGUAGUAAUAACGCUCAACAGCGUGAGAGUGAUAAAAACGGUAAGGCUGCCAAGAAUAGCAAGAAAAAGAAAAAUACAACACAACAAGUCCAACAACAACAACGCAAUACCAGCAGUGACAGAAACAGCUCCCAGCAAGCUAAUUCCCCGGCUGCCGUGACCAACGCAGCCGAAGAUAUACCAGCUCCUUCUCAAAAAAGCGCAAAUAAGCAACCUGCCUCAGCCAGAAGACAACAAGACAAAGAGCAGGACCAAGUCCUAGCUAAAGGAAAUAGUACGUCUGCUAAAAAGAAUGCCGUACAGGCUGUUGAAACGAAUACAAACAGCGCAACGAAAACAGUUGGCGGUUCAACGGUAGCCAAUAAAAAGGUGGAAUCUCAACAGCCCAGCGCUCGCAAGGAGGACACGAACAAAAAACGCGAUAGCAAUAAGCAACGUGAAAAGGAGAACCUUGCACCAAAGGAGACCAGCCAACCCAGCAUUUCACGUCAAUCACAACGUGAACGUGAACGCGAUCAAAACCAGCAACAUCACGCCAAUGUCGGCACAGAAAAAGCAAAAGGCGAAAAGUUACACGACUCAAACAAUUACCCCACACACGUGUCAGCUUCCAGCGGGACGGGAGGCGUCACAAGUGUUGGCGGUAACAGCAACUCGACUACUCGUAAAUCGCUGAUAUUCUCAGCCACACGUAACACUGCUGCUGGCGCAUCUACCGGAGAGGAAGGAAAAGGUUGUAGACCCGAAGAUCAUUCCGCUUCAACUAGCGGCUCAACGCUGCAUAAGUCAACUCUUCCAAAACGCGGCGAAGACGGCUGGAAAGAAGUGGUACGCAAGAGCUCUACCCAACAAGGCAGCACUACUUCGUCCACGACCAGUGCUUCGACAAGCGCCUCAACAGCGUCGACUAGCGCAAGCGGAACAGGUUCCACAAGCAGUACAACUGGCGGUGCCGGAGGUACGAUGGUGACCGGUCCCCCAGCAGUCAGCGAAAUGAUUUGUAAGAAGGUACAAGUACCAGUCAACGCCAUUUCUCGGGUAAUCGGUCGCGCUGGUAGUAACAUCAACGCAAUACGUGCCACUACAGGCGCCCACAUUGAGGUAGAGAAGCAAGGCAAAAACCAGUCAGAACGCAGCAUUACCAUUAAAGGACAAACCGAUGCCACUAAACAGGCACAUAUUCUUAUAUUGUCACUCAUUAAGGAUCCCGAGGUGGACAUAUUGCAGAUGCUGCCACGCAUUAACGCUAGCAUUAAAGCUUCGUCAUUGCCGUUGAGCGUGGGCACAUGGGACAACAAGACUGCCACAGCAACCAGUCAGUCAUCUUCAGGGUCAUCAGCUUCGUCCACGUCAUCGUCAACAUCAGCAUCAGUAGCGCACACCACUAAUACUGCUAAUAAUAACGGUUCUCAAACAAUUAUUGGAGGCAACGGUACUGUAGUUGCCAGCAGUGCGGUUGGUAGCUCAAAGGCCACCGGUCCUGGCGGCAGCAAAGCGGGUAAAUCCCAACCCAUUGGUGGAGGUGGCAAAUCUAACUCUGCUCGCACGCAGGGACCUAAAACAACUUUCCACUCAUCGCAACAACCGGGUAACCGUGGAGGUCAGUCACAAUCCUCAAUUGGUGGUUCACAGAAGCUAAAACCUCAAGACACACCAACUGGUUCAGGAUCCAGCAAAACCACUGGUGCUGCUCACGGUAGUGGUAGCAGCAGUGUAGCUCACGGACAGAAAAAUAACAUCACUUCCAAACAGCAGCAUGCAAACGGCGAAAGGAGCAGCAACACGGUGGUCAACACUCAGACCUUCGCUGCUAAACUGGGUGGUAGUGCUCUCACCAAUUCGUUAGUUGGUCACAACUCUCCGUCAAAGAAAGUCAGCGAUGGUCUCGGCACUGGACGAAUAGGCGCUAGUGCUCCUUACGGUCGUGGUAAGCCUGUGCCCAGCAGCGCCUCUACUGCACCCCAGCUCGGUGGUGGCGUCAGUAACAGCAAUCAAAACAGCAACACCAACAAUGCACUUUCCGGACCUAUUGGAGUUUUCAACCCAGCUGAAGUGGCUGCUGUUAACGCAGCGGCUGCAGCUGCAGCCGCCGCAGCAGCAGUUUCCGCAGCGAAUACGGCUGUAUCAAGUUUACAUCCAGGUGGUGUAACUACAUCAGCUGUAACAACAUCAGCAGCAACAAUAACUUCUGGCACAACUACGGCAACAACUACAUCGACAACAGCGGCCACCUUCGCAGCUGCACCGGGUGCACGUGCUGUCACACCAAUAGGACCACCGAAUAAGCGAAACCAAGGCGACUCCCCAGUAACUGCCGCACAGCCUCAACAUUCACAGACAACACCAAUGCAGCAGCAGAAGCAACAACAAGUAGCUCAACAACAACAGCAGCAACAUACAACCACGAUUUCGGGGGCACAGCAAGCACCAAUAGGAACCGCUGCGGCAAUACAGCAGCAACAACACCAACAACUUGUAAUCAAUUGUUCCGAGACAACUUUAGCGGUCGGCGGCUCAAGCGCAGACAAUGCAAAUUCCACCGGACUAAACAAUACUGCAGCCGGCGGCUUUGGAGCACAGCUCGCGUCAAAAAUCAGCAACGAAUACACACUCUUCUUCAAUUACCAAUCACAAUGGGGCGAAAAUGUUCAGAUGUUCAAUUCACCAUCGGCCCUCGUCAGCGACUCACUACCCAAGGCGGAUGCUUCGAAGGCACCAGGUUAUAAUCGUAAUAUUCUUAAUUCACCUGUAGGUGGAAGUUCGAAGGCUUCCUCAAGUCAUUCCACUUCACCGCCCAGCAGCAAUAUGAUGCCUGCGCCAAUAGGUACACAACAGGCACCGAUUCGUAGUGCCGCCGGCAAUACCUCUACGUCGAAUUCCAGUAUAAUUGCUACAAGUAUGUCCAGCGGUGGUUCUUCAACCGCCGGUUCCUCUUCUGGUAUAAAUACCGCGACAUCAGUAGUGACAAGUGGUGAAAAGACAACAAUUACAACAACAAAUAUUGCCGAUCGCAAUGACAUGGGUAUCGGUUUGGUUAGCGUAACUGGUGCUGCCAAAGAAUUGCAGCUAUCUACCCAAUUAAAUGCUACUAGUGGCAGUGGCGACACGCAUGCCUCUCCUGGUGUGAUUAAGCCACCAGCACCGAUUGGUCAACCAUCCGCUGCGAACACCACCAUUGGCUCAAACAGUAACGCAUCGCCGAAUAUUCCGCCAAGCGGUUUGGCUAUACAACGUCCACCGCCGAAUACCAGUCAGCAACAUCGGUCCGGUAUAGUGAACACUUCAUUGACGCCGCCUUCAUCCAAUAUUGGUGCACUCGACGGCAGCGCUGCAAGUACACAACCGCCUACAAUGAACUUCGGCCCAAUCGGUCCAAAUCACUCGGCUCGUAACAACAAUAAUGGACCACCCGGUGCCAUUGGCGAGCCACCAUUAAACCGUUUCUUUGAACCGUUAGGAGGCACAGGUAAUUCUGGUUUGCCGCAUCACAUGAAAAUGCCACCGCAUUACGGCAUGCAAAUGCAUGGAGGCUUAGGUGGCGGCGGUGGAAGUGGUAGCCAUCCACUAUCCCGUCUCAAUUUGCGGAAUUCGGCAUUCGGCGGACCUGGUGGGGCAGGGAAUAUGGGAACUAUGUCACAGGCGCCAAUAGGUCAACCGCCUCAGCAACAGCCGUUGUUGAGCAGCGGCAUUUUCCAUCAACAACAUCAACAACCCCAACUACCGACAAAUCCGAAUUUCUCAGCAGGCAAAUCAUUAGCACCCGGCUCGAGUCUAGCGCCUGGUACACGUGCCCAGUCUCAGCCGCAAAAUGGUCCUAAAUGGUAUGGUGGCUAUGUGGACGCUUUGAACUUGGAGAAUGGUGGGCUUGGUGGAGCAGGAAACAAUUCGCCUGCAGCUAUGUCACCAAAUCAAGCUGCCGUUAGCAGUAGUUUGCUACAACAACAUGUCGCACAGCAGCAGCAGCAACAAGAAGAUAUGCGUAAAAUGCCACGACCUAUCGGCACCGAACGUGCCUCAUGGAAGUUUAGCAACUAUCCAAUGAAUUCGGGUGGUGUCGGAGGAGGUAUGCCUGGUCCCGGCAUGGAUGACGGCAUGAGCUCAGCGAUGCCCGGUGCUGUUGCCGGUCUCAUGCAUGGCCCUUGGAUGAUGGACAAGCCACAGCAAGCGGUGCCACCGCAACAAGCACAGCAACAUUCGAAUUGGAUGAAGCAACAGUAUCGCUUCUACGGCGGUGGUGCUGCCGCUGGUGGCGGUGGAUUAGGUGGGGGCAUGGGUGGGCCGACAGCUGGCCCAGCCGACUACCAUCAUCAAGAGCAAUUUCAUAUACCGUUAGAUUAUCAUAGCUCGAUGGCACAACAACAUAAUAUGCAACAGAAUACAGCCAUGAACCUAAUGCCCCCCUACGGCUAUCCGUAUAUGGGACAAAGCGGCGCAGAUAUGCAACAGCAUAUGAUGUCGUCAGAGUCGAAAUUGGAAAUGUGGGAGCACGACAAACAGAUGUGGCAGAAUUGGAGCAAUUGAUGUAGUAAAGCGCAGCAAAAUUAUCACCACCACCACCACCAACAACAACAAAAACAACAAGAUGGUGUUCAUAUGUCAAGUAAAGUUUUGAAGUGCACAUUAUAUAAAUACCUAUCAGUGGACAUAAGUUGCCAGCAGCAGCAGAAGAAGGAAGUAGCCACAUUUGAAGGAGGAGAAACGAAGCGAAGCUAGGGAGUUCAUAUGCAAUAAAAAUGCUACUACUACUACAACAUUUAUAUACACACAUACACAUAUAUACACGCACUCAAAAGAUACCCAUAUAUAUAUAUAUAUACAUACAUACAAACUUAGCUACACUACGCGUAUAUACGUAUAUAUCUUUGGAUUAAGCUGAAAAGAAAUGAAUGAAUAUAAAUAUUAAUUAAAUGAGAAAAAAUAAAAAAAAACAAAUACUUAAUACAAAAAUUAUUAUACAAAAAGUAUAAAAAAGAGAAAUGAGCGAAAAUAUGGAGACCAAGAAUUCAACUUACCUUGAAAGCUUAAAGCCGAUUACAUUCAAACACGAUUGAUUGAAUUAUUUUCAUUUAACGCAAAAAAUGGGAAGCGUACGAAACAACAAACGAAACUUAACAACAAUAUAAUUAUAAGAGUCAAGCGUUGAAAACCAACAAACGGUAGAAGUGAAAGAACUUGCAAUGGCUCAAAAUUUGAACGAGAAAAAUAUAAUACAUAUUAAUUGUCAGUGUAUUAGUGGUAUAUGAAGGGAAGAUGCGUUUGAUUCAUCAUACACACACAUCCUUCCCACGCAUAUACACACGCACAUACAUACAUACAUAUACAUAAACAUGUACUUUAUGAUGCACGUAAAUCGGUCAGUGCCAAUGCUUAUGCAGCAACGAGUUAUGACCCGGUAUAUUUACAGUAGAUUUGCACUUGUAUAAUUUUCAUUUACUUUAUUAGUUUUUAGUUACUUUUGCCUAUACCUACAUACAUACAUUAUAAACUAUUAUCUACUACUAUAUUAUUUGAACUAUAUAUUUGUAUGCAUGAAAUGAUGAAAUUCUUAUAGAAAAUAACAAACAAGUAAGCAGAAAAAGUGAAAAUUACAAAAAAAAAAAUCUUUUACCUGGCUUUUUUAGUAAAACAAUGAAGCAACUUAUGCGGUGGUUAUCUUGCAAACUUGCUGGGCGACUUUUACGAAAUUAAUCAUUUCUAGCUGGAGUCUGCAUGAUUAGGAUGAGGAAGCGGCAGUGACUGUGUAUAGCUUACAAUUUCAGGGUUUUAUAGGACGUUUUAAUAUCUUUGUGAUUGUUAUUUGAUUUUGUUUUAAUGACGCAAGGAAAAACUGUUUAUUUCGAAGUUGGAUUACUAGUAAACAAGGCGAUUUUCAAAAAUAUUUCCAAUUUCCUUUUUGCGAUGGAGAAAAUUUCGACUCGAUACGUCAAUUUGUUUUAUACAAUAUUUUCCUUUUUAAUAAUAAAUGGAGGAGUCGAAAGUUGGUUUGCAAUUUGAUAUAUGCUACGCUGAAUCCAAUAUUUUUACUGCACAAUAUUAAUUUUUUUAAGGAGCAAAAUAGUCUACUAAAUAAAUUUUUCCAUUACGAUUCUAAUGCAUCAACAAGUUUUCGUGCUUUUUCAAUAUCCAAUUUCGUGCUUUUCAAUAUCCAAUUUUGUAACCAUUGGCGAGUUAUUUUAAUGAAACACACUCACAUAUGCAUACAUACAUACAUAUAUAAAUACAUCUAAACGUUUUCGUGCAUGAGCUUCUGCAUAAAUUAUUGAAUAAAAUAUACUGUAGUUAGGAUUUACUUCUUUCCAGUGUAAAAAACAUACAGACAUAAAAGUGUUAUCACAUUCCCCAUAGGAAGUACAUACGUACAUACGUACAGAUACAUAAUCGAAUCCAUUGCUAGCAUAGAAACAUGUUUCGCUAUCUUAUUAUCCUGCAGGAGAAAACUUAAAAUAUUAUUGAAUUGAAGUUCUACGAAAGAAUGUGCGCAAAAUCACAAACAUACAGAAUAAUUAACAAUAAACAAAUAUACAUAUUACAUAAAAAUAUAAAAAAUUAUAAUAAAGCAUGAAUGCAAAGCAGUAUAGAAUAAAAUAUAUGGAAAAAGGCAACUGAUAUUUGGCGAAAUGAAAAGAAUUGACAACAAUUUAGGUCAAAAUAAUGCAUAAAAUUAUUAUUGAAUUUAAAAAAGACACUUCGUUGCCCCUGCAAACACACACGUGCUAACUAAAACUCUUAUUUUUUUCUCCCCACGCUUUCAA